AUGAACAUCUUCCGUCAGUCCUGCUGGAGAAAGAACGUGACCGCUCGCGAUACUCAUUUGCGUGUCUUGAAGGACCUUGUUGCCCGCUACUACUCUAUCUGGUCCGACCCCGGUGUUGUCGAUAUCCCCGUUGACCAAUGGAUGCGUUUGCUACUGACCCCCGUCGCGAAAGUGCCCCGUCAACAGUUUUACCGGCCUGGUCCAGAAGCCCAAGCCGAUAUCGACAAAGCCAUGGACGCGCUGCAUGACCAAGGUAAGGCGUCUUGGAUGACUACUCAUACCCCGUCAGCGCUGCCUAUCUUUGUCGCCUGGCGUUGGUUUCACGGCCGUCGUGUUGGUCGCGCCGUCGUCGAUUGUCGCGCCCAGAACAAACUCUUCAUUCCCGAUUUAUACCCACUACCCCGUCAGGAUGCUAUUGUCAAACUGGCCCGCGGCAAGAGCUUUAUCACCGUUGUAGACGCGGCCCGCUCAGACCAACGUCCGUCGCCUGAGAUGGGACAACAUCUCCAGAGAAGUCAGAGUUUGUCUCGUGAAAGGAACUGA